AUGGAGUGGACAAGAGGCACCAUCAUAGGACAUGGGUCGUCAGCCACCGUGUACAUCGCCACCUCCUCCCACUCCUCCACCGUCUCUGCAGUCAAAUCGGCGGAACUAUCACUUUCACACUCAGAACAGCUGCAGAGAGAACAGAGGAUUCUGUCUUCUCUGUUUUCUCCCCACAUAGUUAGCUACAAAGGCUGUAGCAUCACAAAGGAAAACAGAACUCUCUGGUUCAACCUCUUCAUGGAGUACAUGCCCUUUGGAAAUCUCUCUCAGGUGACUCGCCGGCACGGUGGCCGGCUCGAUGAGCCGGCGAUUGCACACUACACACAACAAGUCCUGCAGGGGAUGGAGUACUUGCAUGAAAAUGGUAUUGUGCAUUGUGACAUUAAGGGUAGUAACAUAUUGGUUGGUGAAGGUAGAGUUAAAAUUGGAGACUUUGGAUGUGCCAAGUUUGUGAAUGAAUCUCCGGCGAUGAUCGGCGGCACGCCGAUGUUCAUGGCGCCGGAGGUGGCGCGUGGGGAAGAACAGGGGUACCCCGCUGAUGUUUGGGCACUUGGGUGCACAGUGGUUGAAAUGGCCACUGGGUUUGCACCAUGGCCUAAUGUGGAAGACCCUGUUACAGUUCUUUACCAUGUUGCAUAUUCUGAUGAGGUGCCUGAGAUUCCUAGUUUUCUGUCUGAACAAGCAAAGGAUUUCUUGGGGAAGUGUUUUAGGAGGAAUCCUAAGGAGAGAUGGAGUUGUAGUGAAUUGUUGAGGCAUCCAUUUCUUUUGGAAUUCUGUUCCAAUGGUAAGAAAAUUCAAGAAUCUAAUAAUUCAAGUUCACCAACAAGUAUUCUUGAGCAGGGCUUUUGGAAUUUUCUUGAAGAGGCAGAGUACCUCUCUGGCAAUUUGGUUCAAAAAAGUACUGAGAAUUCUGCUGCUGGUAGGAUCAGAAGACUAGCUGUGUUUUCAGGGGAUCCAAUUUGGAUAUGGGAUGAUGAGAAUUGGAUCACAACUAGAGGCAAUGAUGCAGUGGCUUCAACUAGUGAUGGGUUAGAUUUGGAUGCUAAUGGUAGAAUUAGUGGUAUUUUUUGUGCGAAUUAUAAAAGUAGGGAUGUUAAUAGUGUAGGUUAUAGUCUCAAUUUUGAGAGAGGCAUUACUGAGAUGCUUCUCCCUUCAACGUUGGAUUUUUUAUAA